UCUCCAGAAGAGGCCCAACAAAGAUAUUGAGUUCAUUGAUUCAUUCUACCCGUAGUAUAUUUUUAUAUUGUCCCCAACAGGCUUAGGGCUUUUAGUUUCUCAUCAUCGGAAAUUGGGAGUUAACAGUGAUCCGACACAGAUCAAUUAUAUAUUCGGAGUGGCAGACGAAAAAUUCAUUUUUGGCUUUUUGUAUUCAAAUUAAGUGAUUGGAUUGGAUUGGAUUGAAUUGAAUUGGGUUGGAUUGGAUUGAGCAGAAGGGAGCAGAGAUGGGUAGGGAUAGGGAUAUGUCGAGGUCACCAGCGUAUAGAAGAAGGUAUUCCCGGUCUCCGUCACCGGUGGUGCACAGGUCUAGCCACCGAAGCCGUCGAGAGAGAAUUCGAUCUCCUUACUCGCGCAGCAGGUGAUACCCGAUUACUCACAUCGCAGCCCUAUACUGUUAAUAAAUAUAGUAUCUUUUAGCUACGCAUAUGCAUUUUGAGCUGCGAUCCUGGAGCAGAUUGUGUUUAUUAGGCUAAUGAAGUUCACUUGUCUUCUUGCUGAUCCAGUUACAGUUUGCUCAGGCCACUUAAACAUGACAGUGUUGCUACCUAGGAUAUUUUCUUUUCUUAUAAGGACUCUCUGCUUUGCUAAAAAAAUCCGCACAUCGUAUUGAGGGACUUUAGUCCUUAGACCAUACUGGCCACAGAGUAUCUUAGAUUUCCAUAUUCUUCUCUACAAAACACGUAUUUGGGCUUUGGAGUGUUAUAAUAGGGUUUGUUUUACAAACUUUGUGGUUAGCCAAGCCUUUAGAAUUUGGAACAGAAGUCAUUAUAAAUGUAAACGGGCACAUGGGUUUCUUCAUGUUAGAAUUUAAAAGAACAGUACACUUCAUUUCAUUGGGAAGCAAUCAGAUGAUGAGUGCCGGUGGGUGUCCUUUGGUUGACAUUGUCAGUCCCAUAUGAUAAAAAGAUGCUGCUCACUGUUAAUUCUUGUCAAUCAAUAAGGUAAUUGUAUUUUGUUUUGAUAUUCGGUUUGCUGGUCCUGCUGGUUGAGAUGAGACAUGUUUGAUGCGUGAAACUUGUAGCCUCUGGUCCUUGAUGUUCUUUUUUUGCUCAAGUAGUAUAUGUUUCUAUACAGAAAAAGAAGUCGUUCAAAAUCCCCAAGACGCCACAAAAGUCGCUCUCCAGUUUCAAGGCGUCAUAGAAGACAAAGAAGUAAGAGCAAAUCCUUGUCACCUAUUGGUAAACCUCCCAGAUCAAGUACUGCUUUAAAAGACCGGAAGGAUGAUAGUGAAAUGCUAAGAAAAGAGGAAGAGGAGAAGAAAAGGUAUAUGCGUAGUUUUAUAUCUUUCACUGGUACCUUUUUGUUUUUCUUUAUACUUUUCUCUGAGUUAUUGUGUCUUGUUCGUAAACUUGUGUAGGUGGAUUUGAUGUUUAAGUAUUUCCUUGUUUGGAUUGAGUUGUGUGUAUUAGAAAGAGUAAUGCACAUGUUUUAAUUAGUUGAUUGUUUGUGCUAGUCAGCUAUUGAGUGAUGUAGUUCUGUGGUUGAUAUGGCCGUGUAGGAUCUUAUGCUAUUCCUAAUACUGGUUUCACAAUCCACCGAGCUUAAAGCUUUUGAUUAUGGGGUUCUCAAAUGAUUACAAUUUGCAGUGACUCUUGGCAUUUUUGGUUGAGUAGGGGUGUUUAGAAUUAAUUUUACACUUUCAAGAAGUAUUUUAGGCAGAAUCAGUUUGAUGAAUGCCUUAAUAUAAAUUCAUAGGCACUUCUUGCUAAGUUUAGGAAUGAUUUUUGGAGAAGCUACUCAAGCUAGAGGGUAGUAGGGUACUACUUUCUAGAAACUAAUUCUCAUUCAAAAGUUUCCAUUUCGUAGGUACCCCCAAUCCCCCAUCAUUUUCUCCGAAUUUUGGAAUUAAGAUUAUGAUUUUUCUUUUAAAAGUAAAGUUAUUAGAUUUGUGUAUUAUAGACUACAAUUCAUUUUGCUUCCUUUCAUUUUACUGGAUUCAAAUUUGUAAUUGUUGUUUCAGUUAUUUGAUCUUUUGUGUAAUUUAUACUCCGUAUUUUAUACAAUGCCCCCCUGGGGGCCUAGAGCUGGGGCAUCCAGCAAAUUAUUAACCUAUUAUGUAAAAAAAAUUGCACUGAAGAAUGGAAUAUGUGGUAGCACAAGAAUGCAAGUUGACGUCAAAUAAACAAAACAAAUUGGUGCUCGCAAAAACUAAAUAAAUCAAACUCUUAGAAAUACUAAAUAGCAAGCUAUCUGUCAAAAUCCUGUUUUCAGCAUCAGGCCAGGAAGUGCGCUCUCUCUCAUUGCCCUAUGCAUCUAUAGGAGGUCAGGCCUAUAAUUUGUAGUUGUUGAUGCAAAGUCAUAUUGGUCUGUGUUACGAUCCCACACCGGUCAAUUAUGGGAUUGAUUGGUGGCUUAUAAGCAAGGUGUUCCCUCCUCCUAAUCGGCUGGUCUUUUAGGAGUGAGUUCUACAUCUGGGCUUAUGGCACUGUUAUGGGCCUAGUAUGGGCUAGGUCCGUAACAGUCUGGCCCGGGUAUUGAAUAUCCUUAACCUGUGCCCUCUACUAAUCUACAAUCUUUAGAUUUAAAUCCCACAGGCAAAGAAGUUCCAUCUUGUUUAUAGAAUGUUAUAUUCAUGAGUAAACUUGAUGAAAAAUUUGGUCAUAUUUUAACCUUAGGAAUUUGCUUUUCAUAAGCCUAUCUUAACACAAGGCUUGAAGUGCUUCGGUGAUUACCUUCAAAAUGCGACAGGUUACUUUGCAUUCUUCUCCACAGGAUUAAUUGAAGGAAGUUACUGCUAUAUUCAACUUGUUAUGUUUGAUGAUCAAUUUGGAUGCUUCGUUUACGGUUUAUCUACUGUUCACCAAGUUUGAUACUCAUCUGUUUCUACAGAAUUCAGUUAAGAGGUAUGCUAUAAAGCAUAAGCAUAUCUAUUUAGUGCCUAUUGUCAAGUGAAGGUUAGUUUGUCAUUCAUUUUAGACUUUAAGUUAAUACAUAUGAAGGAAAAUGUGAUAAUUGUUUUUUUUUGAAAACUCAAGUCAAAGCUUCUUAUUUUGUCACUGCUAUGUUGCCUCAAGAGCCAUAAUAUAAUUUUUGGCAAUAUGAUGAAAUGGGAAUAUCCAAUUGUUUUCCGCUUCUGUCCAUCCCUUUGCCUGAUUUUCUGUUUUAUUAAUUAACAGGCGCCAACAGGAAGCAGAACUAAAACUAAUAGAAGAAGAAACAGCAAAAAGGGUUGAAGAAGCAAUCAAGGAAAAAGUUGAAGAGAAAUUGAACUCUGCCUAUAUGAAGCUUGAAAUUGAUAAGCGACUUGUAGAAGGGCGGAAGAAGCUUGCCAUUGAGGUUGCAGCUCAGCUUCAAAAGGAGAGAGAAGCUGCACUUGUCAUGGCAAAACAAAAGGAGGAGCAGGCUAAGAAAGAGAAGGAAGAAUUGGAUAAGGUGCUUGAAGAGAAUAGGAUGAAGAUGGAAGAAGCUCAGAGAAGGGAAGCUUUAGAGCAGCAGAGGAUAGAGGAAGAACGUUAUAGGGAAUUGGAGGAGCUACAAAGGCAGAAAGAGGAGGCUAUGCGAAGAAAGAAACAGGAAGAGGAGGAAGAACGUGCCAAGCAAAUGAAAUUGCUGGGCAAGAACAAAUCUCGCCCUAAGCUGUCCUUCGCAUUCGGAUUGAAAUAAGUUUCAGUGUGACUCCUGGGUUCAUAUUGGUUCCUUCGGGCAAUACCUGUUUGUCCCUGUGUAUUUCUGUAUCUUUUUUCCCUUUUUUACUCGGUGGUGUUAUAAGUUUAGAUGCAAGAGCCAAUGAAUGCAAUGUUAGUUUAUAGAUGCAAUACCCCACGCCUCACAGCCGCAUGUAAUGAUAUCCUGAUAUGUGCUGGUGGCUUUAGUUGGAAUAGUAUUAUUACCAUGGCAGCUUAUGAGAUAAGUACGUAUUCUUAUUACAUAGAUGACUCCAAAUUUUGCAAAUUUGGCCUUUUAGAUAUAUUUUUUGACCG